GACCGUUGAAAUCUUUGCAGGCGAUACAGACAGCGGACAGAAGAGGUAGCGGGAAACUGGUGUGGCUCCCGAGAGGGGAGCCAUGUGACCAGGGGCUUGAUGUCUUACGCGGUCAGUUUGUGAGAGGAGGAACAACUCAGCAGGAAUGGAGGAGCAGAAUUAAAAAAAGGAAAAAUGGGGCAUGCAAAUGAAGGCACCCAUCAAUCCAAAUAAAGCUGUUUUUUUCUCGUUGGCAGGAAAGGAAGCUUAUUUUCAUUUGUAAGCAAACAAGCCUUACAGCCUGACAUUGCUGUUUUUGCCAUUGAAAUGUAGUGUGGGAGUUUAUCUUAUUUGGGCUAUUUGUUGGUUCAUUGGCUGGUCUCGGGUUCCAGUCUCCGGAGGUAGCUGCUUCAGAGUUGGUUUUGCAGUUUUGGGGUGGUGGGCUUCCGAGAGGAGAGAGAGCUUUAUGGAGAAGUGCAGGAGCCUGCUGCUGCUUGUGGCGGGCGUUUUGCUCGUGCUGCAACCGGCAUUGUCUGCAGAUCCGAUACAGUAUAUAAGUUGGAAUGUGUCGUACACUGAAGCUGCUCCUUUCGGAGUUAAACAGCAGGUGAUUGCUAUCAAUGGACAAUUUCCUGGGCCCAUUGUUAAUGUGACCACUAAUUGGCAUGCUGUAGUGAAUGUCAUGAACAAUUUGGAUGAGCCACUUCUCAUCACCUGGAAUGGUAUUCAGCAGCGGAGAAAUUCUUGGCAAGACGGUGUAUCUGGGACCAAUUGUCCCAUUCCUGUAGGAUGGAACUGGACGUAUGACUUUCAGGUCAAGGAUCAGAUUGGUAGCUUCUUUUAUUUCCCUUCCCUUGAUUUUCAGAGAGCAGCGGGAGGGUAUGGAGGAUUCAUUGUUAACCCCAGAGCAGUGAUUCCUGUUCCCUUUGGAACUCCAGAUGGAGACUUUACUGUCCUAAUUAGUGACUGGUACACCAGGAGUCACAAGGAUCUGCGGAAAGCCCUUGAUGAUGGCAAGGACCUUGGAAUGCCUGAUGCUGUGAUAUUUAAUGGCAAGGGCCCCUACCGAUACAAUAAUUCAGUCCCUGCUGAUAUUGAUUUUGAGCAAUUGAAUGUGGAGCCUGGGAAAACCUAUCGCUUCAGGAUACAUAAUGUUGGCAUUUCAACCUCAUUGAACUUCAGAAUUCAGAAUCACAAUAUGCUGCUUGUGGAGACAGAAGGAUCUUAUACAGUACAGCAAAAUUACACAAACUUGGAUAUCCAUGUCGGCCAGUCAUACUCAUUUUUGGUGACAAUGGACCAAAAUGCAAGCAGUGAUUACUAUAUGGUGGCAAGUGCUCGCUUUGUUAAUACUACCAUUUGGGCCAAUGUAACUGGUGUUGCUAUUCUGCACUAUUCCAACUCAAAGGGUAAAGCAGUUGGAUCUCUUCCUGAUGCUCCAAAUGAUUUCUAUGAUAAGUACUUCUCAAUGAACCAGGCAAGAUCUGUCAGAUGGAAUGUAUCUGCUGGAGCUGCUAGGCCUAAUCCACAAGGUUCUUUUAAAUAUGGAUCAAUAAAUGUCACUCAGGUCUAUGUGCUAAGGAACAUGCCACCUGUAAUGAUUGAUGGGAAACGGCGAUGCACUUUGAAUGGGAUUUCUUACCAUGCUCCUGCAACUCCUCUCAAACUUGCUGAUCGCUUCAAUCUAACUGGAGUCUUCAAGCUUGAUUUUCCAGAGAGACCAAUGAACCGACCCCCAAAGAUUGACACAUCUGUAAUUAACGGCACCUAUAGAGGAUUCAUGGAAAUCAUUUUCCAGAAUAAUGACACCUCUGUUCAGAACUAUCAUAUGGAUGGCUAUGCUUUCUUUGUUGUCGGGAUGGACUAUGGAGAGUGGACUGAGAACAGCAGAGGAACUUACAAUAAAUGGGAUGGAGUUGCUCGUUCCACAACACAGGUUUUUCCUGGUGCCUGGACAGCAAUUUUAGUCUCUUUAGAUAAUGUGGGCAUGUGGAACAUCCGCGUUGAAAAUCUGGAUACCUGGUAUCUGGGUCAGGAAGUAUUUGUAAGGAUAGUGAAUCCAGAGAUUACAAACAAAACCGAGGUGCCCUUGCCUGAUAAUGCUCUGUACUGUGGUGCCCUCUCACGUUUGCAGAAGCCACAGAAGCAUUCUCAGAAUGCUACAUCCGGAUCAUCAUCUGUCAAGGCUGGUGUAAUUAUGAUUCUUAGUGGAUUUUUGACUUAUCUUGCCAUGCUUUUGGGCUGAACAUUCAGUAUCAGUGGAGAUCCCUGACUAAUUCAGAAGGAGAAUUGAGGAAUAUAUUGAAUAUUCAAAAUUUAUUCCCAAGACUAUUGGCUUUUGUGAUCCAUGCAAGGGAGGCAGCUAGUGGAUGCUGUUAUUGCAGUUGUGUUCUCACUUGUGAUGACCUCUUGAAGUGAUUUUUUUGGGUUAUGACAAAUAAGCCAUGGUUGUGAAUUUUUUUUCAUGCUUUGUAGCUACAUUUUUCAAAAAUUCUUGUGUGUGAUAGAUCCAUUACUUGGGAGCCUGAGGUCUAGGUUUGAAUUGUAAGUCUCAAAUAUUUGUAGUUAUAUGGCCUACACAAGUCUUAGGCAUUUGUUGCAUUCACAAAUUUGUAAGGAUUUUCUUCUGCUAUUGGUUUUUUGUAAUUCAGAGAUUUUUUUUGGGAUA